AUGGAUCUCCCCUCGCUCCGCCAGCUCAUCCACACGCAUCCCCUCAUUGACAACCAUGCCCAUAACAUUCUCUCCAGACGCCACGCCUGUGCCUACGAAAAACAUCCCUUUGAGCAGAUCAUCUCCGAGGCCCACGGGACGGCCCUGCAGAAUGCCACCUCCACGCUCGCCCUCUACCGUGCCACGCCGCAGCUGGCCCAGUUGUACGGCAUCAGCUCCGACAGCACCUGGGACCAGGUCAAGGCCGCACGGGGCGACUGGGUGCAGCGCGACUACGAAGGGCUCGUCCGCGCGUGUUUGGUUGGCACGCACAGCCUCCUGCUGGAUGACCUGUUGACCGCAGAAGACGUCGAACCGUAUCAUUGGCACGAUCGCUUUACGCCAGGACGCACCCGCCGCAUAGUGCGCAUUGAAACCCUGGCCGAGAAGACGCUUGCGUCGCUGGACAUUAACCCGGCCACCCUGGACAGCCACACGCAUCGCCAGACACUGCUUCACCAGUUCAUCGCCGGGUUCCGCGAUCGUCUCAAUCAGGCGAUCCUCGACCCCGCCGUGGUGGGGUUCAAAUCGGUCAUUUGUUACCGGACUGGGUUAGACGUCCAGGAGGUCGACGCCGGCGACCAGAGUCUCGAGACGGCUCUCGUCCACUGCUUCACCUUCGGCGCCCAGAACGGGAGCUUUCGCGUCGAGGACAAGCCGCUGAACGACUGGAUUGUGUGGACGACUGUGGAGGCGAUUGCCUCCCGCAAGGCCGCAGCCACCGCCGCCAACAUCGUGCCGAACAAGCCGCUGCAGCUGCACACGGGUCUGGGAGAUUCUGAUAUCAAUCUGGUGCUCGCCAAUCCCGCCUAUCUGCAGCGGCUGGUCGCCAGAUUCCGCAAUGUGGAUUUCGUCUUGCUGCAUUCUUCGUACCCGUAUACCCGCGAGGCGGGCUACCUCGCUAGCGUCUACGACAAUGUCUAUCUGGAUCUGGGCGAGGUCUUCCCUAUGGUGAGCCGGGACGCCCAGGAGCAAAUUUUACGGCAGAGUCUGGAUCUGGUGCCGACGUCGCAUUUACUUUGGAGCACCGAUGGUCAUUUCUUCCCAGAGACCUUCUAUCUCGCGAAUAUUCAGUUCCGCGCGGCCCUCGAAAUCGUGGCUAUCGAGUAUGUGAAGAAGGCCGACUGGACUGUCUCGCAGGCGAAGCAGGCCGUCGCCGAUAUCCUUUUCCACAACUCCAAUCGACUCUAUGACCUGAAUGAACCCCCUCCGCAAACAGAUACCUUGCAGGACCUCCCUCCCGGCACCCGUCUCGAAUGUUUCACGAAAGCCAACCCCGACAUCAAGCACGUCUGGAUGCAGUUCCUCGACUACACCGCCACCAUGCGCGUCCGCAUGUUCCCCAUGGCCGAAUUUACGAAGCUUGCCCGGCAGGAGCGUCGGCUGGGAGUCUGUGAGUGUCUCCAGCAGAUGAUCCAGGAUGAUCACGUUGCACCCGAAGGAUCCACGACGGGCCAGUUUUAUCUAGUCCCCGACCUGGACACGCUGCACCGCAACGUCGGCAUCCCAGGCUCCAACAGCGCGUCAGUCAUGACCUUUUGGCGACAGGAGGAGGACGCAUCGGCCCCCGUGCCGGGCUGCCCACGCACAUUGCUGCUGAACCUCGCCACUCGGCUCUCCAACGAAUAUCAGGUUGACGUGAGCUUCGGAUUUGAGAUCGAGGUCAUCUUCCUCCGUCCGGUCACCGACAAGGACGACCCAGAUACCAUCACCGGGUAUAAGCCCUGCGUCACCAACCAUUCCUGGUCGCAGAUGACCAGCCAGACGCGCUCCAUGGUCCCUCUCCUCGAGGAGAUUGUCGAUACGCUAGGAGCUCACGGCAUCGCCCUGCAGCAAUUCCACGCCGAGUCGGCCCCGGGUCAGUUCGAGUUCAUUCUUCCCCCAGGCCCGCCGUUGGCUGCGGUCGACACCCUCCUGCGCGCCCGGCAGAUCAUCACCAACAUUACCGAACAAAAAGGCUUCCGCGCUACGUUACACCCACGCCCCAUUCCCGGAUAUGCCGGCAGCGCAGCCCAUGCUCACAUUUCCUUGAAAAAGACCGAUGCGACUCAGGAACCGCCGUCGGCCGGAGUGGAAGAGUCCUUCUUGGCCGGUAUUAUGGAGCACUACGUGGCACUCAUGCCCUUCACGCUGUCACAGGAUGCCAGCUACGAUCGCGUGCAGUCCGGAUUGUGGGCCGGCAGCGAAUGGGUGACCUGGGGCACGCAGAAUCGCGAGUCUCCCGUCCGGAAGAUCGAGACGGCACACUGGGAACUGAAGUCGUUGGACGGACUGGCAAAUAUGUAUCUAGCCAUGGCGGCCUACCUGGCGGCGGGAUACAUCGGGCUGGAGAAGAAACUGAAGCUGCGCUUGAAGGACUGUGCUCACGACGCGGCAACCCUCACAGACGAGCAGCGACGGGAGCUGGGCAUCACGGAAAAGCUUCCCAAAUCGCUAGACGAGGCGAUAGAUGCGCUCCAGGCCGACUCGGAAUUGCAGGAGGUGCUCGGCGCCGAACUGGUGAAGGACUACCUCUGCGUCAAGCGCGAGGAGCGCGACCUGCUGCUUAAGAUGGAUGAGGACACCCGGCGGCGGUGGUUGAUCGCACGAUACUAA